AAACAUGCGUAUGCUCAGUGGGAGGAGGAUUGUGUUCAUGUCAGAGAAGGUAUUAGCGAGAAUCCUGUCAACAAACUCACAAAGAGUGUGAUUUCUCACGUUUAUUAAAUGGACAUUUCUUGACAGAAGCCUUUUUAGUUCAAGGAAACCGGUGAGAUUUCUUAAGCAGUCCUGUAUUACAAUUAAAGCGUUGCAAAUAUUAACGUUAACGUUACCUGAAGUGGACGUUUUGUUUAGCUAGCAAGCUUAUUAUCGAGGGAAACAGCGUAAAUGUCAUCUGAGCGCUGACUCCUGGAACCUCCAGCCCAGACCCUAAUUUAUGUUUCGUGGUGAGGCCAUGACUUCUGUCAACAUCACCAGAGACAUCCUGCACCGGCAGAUCAGAGACAAGAGAGCAUCAGGCUUCCAAAGGGUCUAUCAUGUGACUGACCCUUUCAUCAAAAGACUUGGACUGGAGGCUGAGCUUCAGGGCCAUACUGGCUGUGUGAACUGUUUGGAAUGGAAUGAACGAGGAGAUUUACUGGCCUCUGGCUCAGAUGAUCAACAUGCCAUCAUCUGGGAUCCAUUCAAACACAAGAAGCUUACAACUAUGCACACAGGUCAUGCAGCAAAUAUAUUCUCUGUAAAGUUCCUCCCUCACUCCGGGGACAGAAUUUUGAUAACGGGUGCAGCCGACACAAAGGUCCAUGUGCAUGACCUGACGGUGAAGGAAACCAUCCAUAUGUUUUCUGAUCAUACCAACAGAGUCAAACGCAUCGCCACAGCACCCAUGUGGCCCAACACCUUCUGGAGUGCUGCGGAGGAUGGCAUCAUCAGACAGUAUGACUUGAGGGAGAGCAGUAAGCGCUCCGAGGUGCUUAUUGACCUGACGGAGUUCUGUGGUCAGCUGGUUGAGGCCAAGUGUCUAGCUGUCAACCCACGGGACAACAACUACAUGGCAGUGGGAGCCAAUGGGCCUUUUGUUCGCCUCUAUGACAUCAGGAUGAUUAACAACUACAGGAAAUCUAUGACUCAGAGCACAUCAGCAGCUGUGCACACAUUCUGUGAAAGACAGAAGCCCAUCCCAGACGGAGCUGGGCAGUAUUAUGUUGCAGGGCACCUGCCAGUGAAACUCCCAGACUACAAUAAUCGCCUGAGGGUUCUGGUGGCCACCUAUGUCACCUUCAGUCCUGAUGGCACUGAACUACUAGUUAACAUGGGUGGUGAACAGGUGUAUCUGUUUGACUUGACAUUUAAACAGAGGCCGUACACCUUCUUGCUGCCAAAAAAGUGCCAGUCAGCAACAGGAGAUGUACAGAACGGAAAGACAACCAAUGGCGUCUCCAAUGGAAUUCUCUUGCCGACCAGCCAUAUUCGAUUUGCUGGAAGCAAGAUGCGCUCUAGUUCUUCUGAGCUCCCUGCUCACUUGGAGAUGUUAAAGCAACAAGCUAAUGAUGCAUUUGCACGUCAGCAGUGGACGCAGGCCAUUCAGCUGUACAGUUUAGGCAUUCAUCAUGCCAGCUGCAACGCCAUGCUGUAUGGGAACCGGGCAGCAGCAUACAUGAAGCGCAAGUGGGAUGGAGACCAUUAUGAUGCUCUCAGGGACUGCCUGAAGGCUCUGACUCUAAACCCUGGUCAUCUGAAGGCUCAUUUUAGGCUGGCACGGUGUCUGUUUGAGCUGAAGUAUGUGUCCGAAGCUCUGGAGUGUCUUGAUGAUUUCAAAGGAAAGUUUCCAGAGCAGGCGCACAGUAGUGCCUGCGAUUCCUUGGAUAAAGAUAUCAAGGCUGCACUCUUCACCAAGACCGAAACAGCAGAAGAUAAGAAGGCCAACAGCUCCAUUCGAUUCCACUCAUUCAGUCGGAAGGAGUCCAUCCCUGAAGAUGAGUUGGUGCUGAGAGAGCGCAGCUUUGACUACAAGCACAGAUACUGUGGUCACUGCAACACCACCACUGAUAUCAAAGAGGCCAACUUCUUUGGGAGCAAAGGCCAAUACAUUGUCAGCGGCUCAGAUGACGGCUCCUUCUUUAUCUGGGAAAAGGAGACCACUAAUCUGGUGAGGAUCCUGCAGGGGGAUGAGUCCAUAGUCAACUGCCUGCAGCCACACCCCAGCUACUGCUUCUUGGCUACGAGUGGUAUUGACCCAGUGGUUCGAUUAUGGAACCCCAGACCAGAGACAGAGACUGAGAACGGGCGAGUGGUGGAGGACAUGGAGAGUGCUGCUCAGGCGAACCAGCGGCGUAUGAACGCUGAUCCGCUGGAGGUAAUGCUGCUCAACAUGGGCUAUCGCAUCACAGGCCUGCGUGGCGUCGGCCUGCAUGGCGUCGGCCCGGAUGGCUCAGAUGACGAAGACAGCUCAGAGGGACAAGUACAGUGUCGGCCAAGCUAAACAAACUGUCAGCCAUUCUAGAGAAUGGAUGUAGGAAGCAAAGCACUCUCCCAGCUCCUGUUUGAAUUUUAAUUCCCCCUCUCCCCCCUAAUCUGACAGAAACAUUGAGUGAAUGUCUUGUCACAUCUCUGCACUAUGCAUCGCCCUCCCCCGUCCAAAGAGAGGACUGGUGGAGACCACUUUGGGGAGAGGAAUUCACGGAGGGUGGAGAAGACACCCACCUCGCCCCCUUCAAAGCACCAACCUCAGCCUCUCCCUCCACCCAGUGGUGACAGGGGGACAUCUUUUGAGGAGAGCACCUUCCACAUCACUCCCAAGUUUCUCACGAAGGAGGAGGAGUUCAGCACUUAUCCUUCCUCAGGUUUAUGUUGGAGAGACACACAACACGUAGAAGGAGAAGCCUGCGCUCUGAUGACCUAUUUUCAGGUCAGUCAGGUCACACAGUCGCAGUGACUUCCAUGGAGGAUCGGAUCACAGACAAGAAGACGGUGCUUUGUUGCAUCUCCUGUCUGCUCUACAGUUGGAGCUAAGAGUCUUAGUGCCCGCUCAUCUCAGAAAGGCUGCACACCCAAGUCAUUCAUUCUGAGUUAGACUUGGUCAUAUUUUCAGUUGGGGUUUUGAUCACAGGAAGCCUAGAAUUAAUUGUCACUCUCCAAGUUGUGAAAGUUGUACUGUUGCUCCAAUGAAAUGUAUUUAUAAGCUUUUUUUUUUUUAGUUUAUAACUGUCAGAAAAUAAAAAAACAAGUGGUUUCUUCUGCCAAAGGUUGUCAUUUCAAUGGCCUAGGAUUAAUGUCUGUUUUCUUUAUUUCAUUGAAACAUAAUUUUGGCAUACUGUUCUCAAUUUAGUUAAGAGGUUUUACUACAAUAGAUUGUUGACAAGAUCAACAACAUAUUAGAGAAACAUUUGUGUUAAAAAGAAAAAGAAAAAUGUAAUUUAAUCUUUGGAUAUAAAUUAAAUCCCAUUGAAUGCAAAUGUCA